CCUUGGCCUACCUCUAUCUUGUGAAACCUUCACGAUCACAUUUGCAACCCAAUCCGAAUUCUUCGACAACUUCAUUUUAGCCUUGAACAAAGCCAUGGAUCCUCAUCUGCAAGUCUUGGUCAACCGCUCGGUGACGAUGGCCACCGUGUUCUCUGCAGUCGUGUUGUCGGUGUCCUCCAUGACGGCGGCUAUCGACAUGCGUGAAGAUAGCAUAACACCACAACCUCAAUGUCCGACCAAACCGAAACUGCGACUUAUCUUUUGGCUUCUUCUCUCCAUCAUACAAUCAAUUAUCAUGCUCCUCUGGAUGGUCGGCUGCGUCUUGAUUGUCCCAGUCGCAGUCGUGCAGAUGGCUAUCUAUUGCCCCAUUGCGGCCAUCGGCUUCAUUAUCCAACAGACAAGCGGGCAUCAUUUUGCCUCAGGAGUAGCUUCCCGCAUCUUGGACGCUGCUACUAGCUAUGGAGUUACACCUACAACCCUGAGAAAGCGGUCUCUUGAUGCCACUGUCUGGCUUUCAGGAGGUUUCUGGUCAAGGCAGAAAUACGAAGACCCCGAGGCACAAGAGCUGAUGGAUAAGUCCCCGUGAAGGGACGAAAACAUAGGAUAAAUCAUGAAAAGUUUUCAAGGGUGCUCUUGCAAAAUUUCUGGGCUCGGCAGCGGCGAACAUUGGAUAAGCUUGUGUAAAAUUGUUGUGCCGAGGAUUUGCAGAGGAUGGAGUGCGGUGAAUUUGGCAUCCAGAGAAGUGCAGCAAAUCCGGUUGGUCUUCAUGGGACAUUGCGUCGUGUUUGUCGGUAUUUAGUAGGUGGGAGGAAGCUCUUGUCAGUUCUAGUUACACUCGGGUCUGAGCUCACUCUUAUUCGGUGCAGUCUACCUAGUCAAAGAAAAGGGCUGGCUCUAGAAAUUGAAUUCUUUCAUCAUGUCAUUAAUUGUAUUAAAUAAUUUAGUUGAGAUA